CGCGCCGCGUGGAUGUUGUGCAGGUGGUUUGCAGUCGGGCGGGAAAGCUGUGGGCACCAUGUCCGGUCUCGAUGAUCAAACACCGAGCUUUCCUGUCACUUCAAACAGAAUUUGAACUCACUGGCUUGAAGUAUUUACUGGUCGCACUUUGGGCAACCCGCACAUUUCACAGUUUCGCUGGGGACUCGGCAGGUCAGCUGGAUUUUACCGCGGAAAUUAUACGGCAUUGAUCGCGCGUGCUGAACACAGUAUGGUCAACCUUCGCGAGAGCUUUUUACCAAAUUUGGUGGAAACUUUAAUCAAGCUCAGUCACUGUGUGGUAUAGCGGAGGGAAGGAUUAUUUGAUUUGGCCCGAUGCCUUCUCGUUAGAUCCUGACGUGGAUCUGCAGAGGAUUGUUUUUGUCGACAGUAAACUAAAUUGCAAUACUGCCGAUUUAAUUUAGAGCUUUGCGGUCAUUGGGUAAUGAUGGAAUGGUUGCGUGGACUUGAGUUCACUAAGGUCAUUGUUUGGGUCAAACACCCCAGAAGCAUGAUCAAGUCAUGAUGUCUGCAUAACCGUGAACAGAUACAACAUCUUUGGUACCAUUCCGGUGAUUUGGCGAGCUUUAUCAGCCAAAAUGUCGAACACAACAGACUUCAAUUUGUACCUCUCGGCCAACGCGGGAUUACAUGACAAUGGCACAUUGUCAUCCGCGUCACCGUGGACAGACACUGUGACAGAUACUGUCACACACAAUGUCACAGGGACUGUGACAAUCACCGUGACAGACUCUCCAGACUACGACGACAUCUCCACAGCUGAGAAAAUCAUCGAGGCUCUCCUGCUGAGCGUGAUAUCCAUCGUGGCAUUCUCAGGCAAUGUCCUUCUGUGGUGCGUGAUAAUUCGCAACAAAACCCUCCGUACCACUUCUAACGCCUUGGUGCUGUGCCUGAGCAGUGCUGACAUUUUGGUGUCCUUGGUUAACAUGCCCAUUACUAUUUUCACUAUCCUGAAUGGCGCUCGUUUUUACUCCAAUGAACUGUGUGUGGUAUUGGGCUUCGCCAACAUGACUUUCUUCAUCGCUUCUGUCAUGUCCUUGGCAGCCAUCAGCCUGAAUCGCUAUGUGCUGAUCGUCCAUCCUAAGAGAUUCAAGACCAUCUAUACGAUAAGGAACACGGGUUUCGUCAUUUUGGCCGUAUGGUUGCUGUCAAUGGCUCUAGCUUCGCCACCCCUCAUCGGCUGGGCCCGCUACGACUACCUGCCAGGACAAUCCUUCUGCUUCUGCUACUGGGAGGACAGCAUCAGCUACACGUUCUUUAUGGUCAUCGUCUGCUUCGGAGGUCCGUGCUCCGUCAUGUCGUUCUGCUAUUACAACAUUCUGCGUGAGGUUCGCAGAAGUAGAAAGAGGUUGGCUUCUGGGCCUGGAGCCUCACCAGACGCCUCCAGUAUGAACAGUGCACAGAGUGCCUUGAGUACAAUCAGUAACAAUAACUCUAGCGUGAGGAGGGGCAGAGAACCGAAUGGACACAAUGUUCCUUCCCACGAGGGCGCUAUUAAUCAAGGCUUUAUAGGCGGGGAUGGGGAUGCUCAAGGGACGGUGAAGAAAAGUAGAAUGACCUCACUGCAUGAGGCAUUGACGAGACAGUUUUCAAAGAAACGAAUCAGAGUCGAACCAAGCAGUCCCGAGACUCAUCUUCCAGGCUUAGUUCCUGGAGGAACCAGACCAAGAUCGUUACCGACUCGAAUCACGUCUAUAAAGAUCAAAGAUGAACAAAGUAGCAAUGCCAAAAACACCUCACCGGGUAGGACUGGGAGUAGAUACCAGCCGCAAAACCAGUCGUCAACAACUUGUAAACCACCGACGAUUCGACUUCAAGCGUUUAGCCGUUCGAUGUCUCUGGACUCCAGGCGAGGCAGUGGUUCGUCGCUCAUAGUAGAGGGCGAGGAACGUGUGACGAAACCAGGGAAGAUUUCACCCAAAAUUCAGGCCAAGAUUGCCAGGCAGAUCUCUGGAUCCAAUCUGGCUGUGCCCGGUCUGAAAGCUGCCGUUGGGAUACGGAGGAAACGAGCUAAGACGCAGAGCGAGAUGAGACGGAAGCAGGAGGAACUCAAACUGACCAAAUCCUUCUUAGUUGUCAUCUUAGUCUUCAUCAUCUGUUGGUUUCCUUUCUGCAUCACGAUGUUCUGGAGUGUCUUCUCUCCAUGGCCCGUCUUCCGCCCCGCAGAUAUGGCGUCUCUUCUCCUGGGUUUCUUCAACAGUUGUUGUAAUCCUGUCAUAUACGGCGUGAUGAAUCACCGCUUCCGUGCCGGUUUUAAGCACAUCUUGUGCUGUCACUGGGCUCCUUGGCAUCGACGGAGCCUAGGAGGCAAACUAGAAUCCGAUCGGGGAUUUGGCUCGGUGACCGGAACCGCAGCUGGUGCUGGCUGCAAUGAUGACAUCAGCUGCACAAACUAAAACAACAACCUGAUUUUUUGGUGCACCCGAAGGAACAACCUACUAUGCUCUGAAUGACUGACACAAUGACUGACGGACUGACGGACCGACGAACUGAGUCGCUGAGUAUGAUAUCGUCGUAAACUGAGAUUUUCGGGUCCAGAAUGUACCAUGUGGCAGGAACCUACAACUAAGUUACAAUGUUUCGCAACUGUAUAUUUAUAUAAGGCGUAUAUCAAAACCAUUGUUUUUUAAAGAAACAUAAAGAAAAUUUGAAAAAAACACCUAUGCCGAUUAAGUUGUGGCUAACCCCUGUAAAAACCUUCCAUUUCAAAGACGAUGCAUUAUUUUGAGAGAAAAGUGUUAUUUUGACAGAAACGUGGUUUAAUUUAUGAUAUUCACUGUAAACUUCUCAUAUUUGAAAGAAGAGAUCAAAACGUUUUGACAAUUGAAUUCAUGUCAGAAUAGAGUUUAAUCUUGAAGAACUCUUAAAGCAAUCGUAAAAAAAAAUUACUGCAUUUCUUUAGGAAUGUGGAAGGUGUAAUAUGAAAGGCUAUUUUACCAACUGUAGAAGGUGACUGAUCGAGACAUAAUCUGAACUUGUAUCCUUGCAAUCAUGGGAUUUGACAACAUAUAUCAACCUCCCCAGGAAUGACCCCCACAUCAAUCCAAUCUGACGUUGCGCAGGUGCCGUUAGGGACUUUCUCGUCACGGUUUCUAAUCAAGAGAUCGAAGAUUAAGUUGAAGAGGCUUUUUUAUUCGCUCCAUUUCAUUGUAGAUAUGGGAGUACCGUGGCAAUCACGGACAUCGAACUGCUAUCAGGUGUUUGCAGGCGAUUUAUAGUGAUUACUUUGUACCUAUGGACACCGGCCACAAUUGUCGAUGGUGGCAAUGUUAAUUGCCGUAGGAGACGGAUUCACAUUUUGUAUCACGACAUUUACCCUGAAAAGCCGGUAAGGAAUUUGCAACACCAAUCAUCUAGACUGGAGGAUGCGCAUUGCCAUAUUUUAAUUUCCUAUACAUUUAUUGCUUUUCUUCGUACUGUUAUACCUUACAAAUUGGAAGAAAUUCCAAAAACAAAUUGAGGAGUAGUGUCAGAACGUAUUGUGCACGUGGUGGCAAUUGCCAAUCUGACCAAAAGAACUCAAGUCAAGAUAUGGGAAAAUAGAAUUGGAGAAGACAUAAAAAACACCCCUUUUUCUGUAUUUUCUUGUUUUAUGAUACCAUUUUAGCUUUGUUAAUGGAUGAAGUUGAAUGCCUCUUUCCACUUUUAAUUAUUUAAACUGCAAUUUUCGAGAUUAUUUUCCUGUGGCAAUGGAUGGUAAACCAUUCCGCCUUUGUUGUGAUAUCGCUAGUGAUUGAGAUAGUCGGAGACUCAACCAAAACAAUACUAAUGGGCUUCAGCCAGAAGUGCCCUAGUAUGUAGAAGGAAAAACAAUCCAUUUUGUAAACGAUACCUCUUUUGAAGCAAAUCCAAUUUCGUUGAGAGGUUGAAGCUUAAAACUUCCCAUUUGAUGACACAUUACAGCGUAGACAAAAAUAAUAAAUAUGGUCACACCCAGGGACAAUUAAGGGGAAAGAGGUCGGAUUGGAUGUACAAGGAAGGUAUAGCUUUUCAUUUCCUGGGGAAUUCGGUAUAUUUUGAUGGCGGUGUUGGCCUUUUUUUGUUUCUUACUUAUUGGAAUUCCUCUAUCGAAUACUCGCCGAAUUGUUUAGUUUUUACUUAGAGGUUUAAGCAUUUUUUUACGGACGUGUAAAUGUACAAUUGACAGGCUGGUUGGCAUUCCUGACAAGCAGAGACUGAAACUAAACUUGUCCAGUAUAUAAAAAGCAGAGCUUAUUAUUAGUGCCCCCAGCCACACACACCUGCAACCUAUACAUCCCAUAACCGGAAAUUGCUUGCAGUAUUGAUCCACAUCCAGGACAAUCUACUACUAUUACGAGGGUCUCAUUUGUGGAACUGUUAGCACAGAAAUUUGCUGAUGAGCAUCCAAAUAUUGGCUUAGUUAAAAAAAAAAUGAUAAUAAUAAGGUGCCCAACUGCCAGAUAAUGCAUAUGGAUUGUGACUGUCUGCCGAUAAAUGCUUAGCACACAAAUUUAUUGAGCAAAGUUUUACGCUUAACUGUUCCGUGAACAUGGGUCCAGGUAGUACAUGUACACGCCGCCAUUUUUGUCCAUAUGGAGUGAGCAUAAUGAUGUAUUAUUUGAUCAUAGUUGCAAUAGUUUUAUAGGCAUAAGUACAUAACCUACCGAAUAAUUAUAUUUAAAAACAAUCUUGGAUUAAGAUCGUACUGGUACUAAACAAC